AUGUCACAGCCUCAAUCUAGAUCCCCUGAGUGGAAACAGAGAUCUUUGUCACCAGAACCUUUAAAUUCUGACCUCUACAAGCAAAAACACUUUUAUGGGCAUUAUGGUUGUGAAUAUAAGAAGGAUCCCAAAAGACCUUGGGAAAUGGAUGAGGAGAAUUAUGGUCAGAGUAAACCAAAAAUUCCUUCUCGUGAAAACAUAUCUUACCCAUCUCUUGAAUGUAGAUCACCUUCCCCAAACACAAGAAGAAACUCGUGGGAAUAUUCUUACAGGCCUUACCAAGUAUGCUCACCCGAAAGAGAAGACUUUAACAGAAUAUCUCAGUAUAUGCCGAAAUACUCAGGUGUACUCGACAACGAGCUUGAAAUAACUUAUCCCCAGAAGAUGCAAGAAAGUUAUUUUAUCAAUGACGACAAAGUUGGAGGAAAAGGAGGGAAGCCACCUCAGAGUUCAACAGCAGAUUUGCUUAGAUUUGAAGGAGCCUGGCAGGAAGAAGAAUUCAGGAACCAGUGGAUGCAAGAAAAAAUGUAUGCUGAGUUAUCUAAAAGAGGCUCUGAAGAUUCUGAAACAAGGAGUUCUUUUCAGAAGAGGUUUCCUGAGGAUCCUGAUUUCAGCAUAUAUGGAUAUACAUCACAGAAAUCGAAAGACGUGGAGAAGUAUGAAAACAUAGAGCCUGUCAGGGAUCUAUUGUGGAAGCCCGAGACUUCUUUUCCACAUUAUCCAGAAAAGAAAGGUCUGAGUGACUUUAGACUCCAAAAUGAUUGGCAUGCUGAAAGGGACUAUGCAGAGGCCAAUUCAGUAAACAGAAUAUCCUAUGACUACUGCCACAAAUUUCAUAAGCCCGCAGGUGAGGACCAAGACUUUUCUCCUGGAAGAAUUCAGAAGUAUUUUAAAGAAGAUGAUAGAAAGUACAGUUCUCAAAAAGGCCCUGUAAAUACAAAGUCCGAUUGUUUUAAUGCUGGAGGAGGGAGAGAAGUUAAAGAUGUGCUACUUGAAGAACCUUUUACACAAACUAAGAAAGACUACGUUGCUGGUACUAAUUCAAAUGAAACUGAUAUUGCUUCACAACCCUUUAAUGAUGAAUGGAAGGAAAAACUAAAGAAAGAAGAGGACUUAAGAAAAGAAAGCAAGUCUUCCAGUAGUCAGCUUGACAGAAUACUUCCAAAUGUAAAACCCUCAUCUUUCAAUGGUAGGAGGAGUUCACUUAUGAUUAAAGUAGAUGUGAAGAAAAGCAUGGAUAGAUCCAGGGUUGCUUCUAGCUAUUCCAGAGAGAGACAGAUGUCACAUGACUUGACUGCUGUUGGCAGAAAAAGUGAGAAUUUUAAUGUAGUGUUUCAACAUCUUGACUCAACUCAGAACACUGAAAACAAACCUGCAGGAGAAUUUAUUCAGGAAAUUAUAACAACGAUUCAUCAAGUUAAAGAAAAUAAUUUUUCAUCACCUGGCAUUACUCUACAUGAUCGUUUCUCAGAAUUGCAAGCUACACGAGGUACAGGUGUAAACGAAAUUAAAUUGAGCUCAGAUCCCAGACUUCACAGGAAAAUGGAUAUGUCUUUGGUUGAGUUUCAGAGUAGACCAAUGGGUUAUGAAUCAGAACAGAAUAUGGUCAAAGUAAUACAUCCAAAUGACCUACGACAUAACAUUGAAAGAAGGAGAAGAGAACGAUUACAGAAUGAAGACGGGCACGGUUUUUACAAUGCUAGUGCUACAGAGAGGAAUGAUCAGCGUUUAAGUUUUUCGAAGUCGAAGACUACUCAUUCUGAUGGAUUAGAAAGACCUGUACGUUUUAAACACUCACAUUUUAGAAAGCGUUUUCAGAAAUUUUAA